GCAUUAUUAGUGUUAAAAACAUGGAUAUCGUUCAAACCAGUAAUGUAAAAAUCCCUAACUCUGUCAUAGUUAGCGGCAUGACCAAUACAGAAACUGAUGACGAACUAAGCGACUUCUUGGGACAAUAUGGUUCCAUUCAAAGAGUAAUCCCAGUAGAUCUCACUGAACCAGAUUCACCCAAACAGGUUAUCGUAGAGUAUGUGUAUGGCGCAGCUAUGCAAUCUCUUUUACCUUCAUUGCCAUAUGGGCUUAACAGUAAAACUAAGAAUGAUGUCACCUACCACAUUAGGGCCCUAGCUAAUGUUUACACACCUGUAGCUAGCAAGACAGCUACACAGACUUACCUUUCAGAGUUAAAGGACAUUGCAAAACAGACUGGUAAAGACUUUGCAGCUGUCCUCAGAGAAGAGCUCUCCCUCAUCGGUGAGACUCUCGAUCAAGAUCACUCAGAGUCCCAAGAUGAAGAUGCCCCUGAAAAUGCUGUACAGGUAGCCCCCCUUCCCAGUAUAGCCCUGCAGCAGCAUGUUCAACAUCGUUGGUCUCCACCAACGACACCAUCUAAAGAAAAGACACAGCCUGCUCUUAAACUUUCCUAUGUCAAUCCACCUGACAUACAAAAAGUAAUUGUUGAGCACAUAGUGAGAAAUGAAGACUCUGCUCUGCAAGUGCACACUUCCUUGAGACUCAGACCCUUCUCUGGGCGUUUCCCACGUCCCAACAGUGAAGUGGAUUAUGAGACAUGGCGCUCCAAUGUGGAACUUCUUCUUAAAGAUACAACACAGUCUGAUCUUUACAAGUCACGAAAACUUCUCGAAAGUCUCUUAUCACCCGCCCUUGAUAUUGUGAGGCACCUGACACCUGAUUCUCCUCUUGAUGCAUACUUGGAGAUCUUGGACUCUGCUUUCGGCACAGUCGAGGAUGGAGAUGACCUCUUUGCAAAGUAUCUCAACACAAUGCAGGAUAAUGGCGAAAAACCUUCAGCUUAUCUACAACGGCUGCAGGUGAUGUUGAGUACCACCCUCAGAAGGGGAGGCGUAACUGCAAACGACCUUAACCGGCACCUUCUCAGACAAUUUGUCAGAGGCUGCUGGGAUAACAUCUUGAUAGCUGAACUACAGCUAGAACAAAAGAAGCAGAAGCCACCCACCUUUGCUGAACUUCUCCUGUUACUCCGCACAGCAGAAGAUAAACGUUCUUCCAAAGCUUUACGCAUGAAACAGCACUUCAAUGUUUCAAAGCCAAAAGUGUCUUCUCAUUAUCAAGGUGUUUAUGUGCAGAGUGAAGAAGGCUGCAGCUCAUCUCAGCCAGCUCCUGAUCACAGGUCUGAAAUACAAGACUUAAAGAAACAAAUAACUGAUCUACAGUCCCAGCUCACACGUAUCGCACAGAAAGACAGUAGAAAAGCUAAAUCAGCUGUCAGACCACUAGCUCCCCAAACAGUUAACACACAUUCCCCAGCUAUCACUCAUACAUCUCAAAGGCUGCAACCCCACAGCCGAAAUGCAAACAACACCACAAGCAAUAGACCAAGGCCCUGGUAUUGCUUUAGAUGUGGAGAGGAUGGGCACAUUAAGCCCCAGUGUGAAAGUGAGCCGAACCCAUCUCUUGUGGCUAGGAAGAACAAGCAGCUAAAAGAAAAGCAGUUAGCAUGGGACAGUCAACAUGGCACUUCAAAGCCUGAUCCUUUAAACUAGACCCAGUUCCGGUUGUGGGACA